AUGGAAAGGACAAAAUUGACACCUCUAGUUGUCUCUACAAUUCUCGCUCUCUUGUUUUCGAGCUCUUCGGCGACAUGGGAAUUUGUAGAAUAUCUAACAUUUCUCAGUUGCCUUACAUUCCAUUCUCCCUUUCUAACAAAUACACACAAUUUGCUACAUACCAAAUUUUCGCCGUUAUAUAAACCUAUUCUUCAAUCAUCCCUGCAAAACCUGCGGUUUAGUUCCUCGUCGACGCCGAAACCUCGAUACAUUCUCACACCGUCUAACUCGGGCCAAGUGCAUGCUUCAGUUGUUUGCAGUAGAAAGCACAGCCUGCAAAUAAGAGUUCGAAGCGGAGGUCACGACUACGAGGGUUUGUCUUCUCAAGCGGACGUCCCUUUCGUCCUUGUCGAUCUCGUCAAUCUUCGACGUAUUGAGAUCGACCUGGAAAGUAACACUGCUUGGGUUCAAUCAGGUGCGACACUCGGCGAGCUAUACUAUGAAAUUGGUAGCAAAAGUAGGACAUUAGCUUUCCCCGCCGGAGUUUGUGCAACUAUAGGCGUCGGCGGGCAUCUCAGUGGGGGCGGAAAGGGUUUCUUAACAAGAAAGUACGGUCUCGCUGCCGAUAAUGUUUUAGAUGCAAUCGUAGUCAAUGCUCGCGCUCAGGUUCUUGAUAGAGAAUCCAUGGGAGAGGACCUCUUUUGGGCCAUCCGAGGCGGCGGAGCUGCGAGUUUUGGUAUUGUUGUUGCAUGGAAGAUCAAGUUGGUUCCGGUCCCUCCUAAGGUGACCGUGUUCACUAUCCCCGUAACACUAGAACAAGGCGCAACCGAUCUAGCUUAUAAGUGGCAACAUGUUGCACCUAAACUCCCCGAAGAUCUAUACAUUCGAGCAUUCUUUAGGGUCGGCGAAAACACUAAAGGAUCAAGAACCAUCGUAGCUCUUUUCACCGCAUUGUACCUUGGAAAUGCUGAUCAACUAGAACCAAUUUUGAAUUCAAGCUUCCCAGAAUUAGGAGUAAGUUCCGAGCAUCUCCAAGAAAAGAGGUGGAUAGAGACCGUCCAGUACUUUGCUGGAAACAAAAGGGGAGAAAAAUUAGAAGAUUUGAAGAACAGGUAUUGGGCAGAAAAAGGAUACUGGGUUGCAAAAUCAGAUUUUGUUUCUGAACCAAUUUCAAAGGAGAGCUUAAGAGCUCUAUGGGAGGUGAUGCUAAAAGGUGAACCUGGUUUGUUGUUUUGGGAUCCUUAUGGUGGAAAAAUGGAAAGUGUAUCUGAAUCCGAGACGCCGUUUCCGCAUAGAAAAGGGAACUUAUACAACAUUCAAUACUACAGCAAGUGGCAAAAGGCAGGAGAUGGUGAAGAGAAAGCGCAUAGAGAAUGGAUUAACAGUGUUUACAAUUUUAUGACUCCUCUUGUUACAAAGAAUCCAAGGGGUGCUUAUCUUAAUUACAGAGAUUUGAGCUUAGGAAGCAAUGGUGGCGACGGAUUUGCAAGCUUUGAGGAUGCCAAGGUUUGGGGCGAAAGUUAUUUUAAGGGUAAUUUCAAACGAUUAGCGCGUAUUAAAGCUAAGGUUGAUCCAGAAAACUACUUCAGGAAUGAGCAAAGCAUUCCUCCGUUAUUUGAUUAA